AUGGUGCAGGCAUUGCCGACUAGAGGUGUUGCUGACGAAGAGAGUUUAAAUCACAAAGUGAAACUGAAAAAAAAAACAAUAAAAAUGAGUGGAAAGAAAAAAUCAACUUGUGCUGUACCAUUGUGCGUUCAAAGUUUUAAUGUGGAACAACGACAUUUUUUUAGAUUUCCAAAAGAGCAUGACAGAUGGAUACAGUGGAUACGAGCAUGUGGAAGGCUAGAUUUAGAACCCAAAGGUCCAGAAUAUGCCUAUCACAAUUGCUGUUUGUGCCAUUUACAUUUUGAAAAAAAAUGGUACAAUAUUAACAAAAUUAGAGCUCGUCUUCACCCAGACGCUGUACCUACUCUAUUUGGAAUAAAUAUUGAACAAAAAAAUACAUGUACAGAGACAACUGAUGCUGAAGUAAUUCAAAUGCAAGAAGAGACUAGUAAUGCCAACACUUCAGAAGUAAUUAUGCCAAUCACUAUCCAUGACAUAGAGACUGGAAAAAAUAAACCAAGUACAUCUAGGAGUCAAAAUGUCAUUGAUGAAUCGACGGAUAAUAGCCCAAGGGAAAGAAAAUUGCAUUUGAAGAUCAAGAGAUUACGGACGCAAAAUAACAAGCUACGUCAAAGGAUUAGACGACUUCAUUUGGAAAAAAAGAAGAAGAAGAAGGAUGAAUAAUUGGGGGCCUCAAACUUGGACAAUAGAAUACAACGUUUAAUAUUAUUUUAUUACUUAUAUUUUAUGUAUGUGUUAAAAGUUAUAU